AUGAAAAGCUCUCACAUAGCAGCUUUGGCACUCAAUGUCCUAGUUGUCAUUGGAACAUCCUUCACUUCCGAACCUUUCGACAGCCGCGAAGCCACGAUAGAAGGUGUCCACAAUGCACUCUACUCCGGUAUAACAUCCUGCCGCGAGGUCGUCUCCUCCUUCAUCAGUCGAAUCGAGGCGUUCAACCCCACGGCCAACGCAAUCAUUAGCCUCAAUCCCAAUGCAUUGACCAUUGCGGAUGAGAUGGAUACUCAACUUUCGACUGGCAAUGCCACAGGUUCGCUGUUUUGCAUACCUGUCCUGCUGAAGGAUAAUUAUGAUACGGUCGAUAUGAACACGACUGGAGGCUGUCUGGAUUUGGCUGGUAAUAAGCCUACAGAAGACGCUCCUGUGGUUACCGCUUUUAAAAAUGCUGGAGCCAUCAUAUUGGGCAAGGCCAACCUGCAUGAGCUGGCAUUGGAAGGCCUAUCAGUCUCUUCCUUAGGUGGGCAGACCAUCAAUCCUUACGAUCAUACAAGGACUCCAGGGGGAAGCAGUGGAGGGACAGGAGCAGCAAUUGCUACGAGCUUUGCGGUAUUCGGCACAGGAACGGACACCGUGAACUCCUUGCGAAGCCCAGCAAGUGCCAACAGUCUUUACAGCGUUCGACCAACAAGAGGCUUGAUAUCGAGAGCUGGUAUUAUUCCUAUAUCCUAUACGCAAGAUGCAAUUGGUCCAAUUGCAAGGAAUGUGAAAGACCUAGCCGUUGGGCUCACGGUCAUGACAAGUGUCGGUUAUGAUGCAAAUGAUAACACUACAGCCCUGAUUCCUGCAUCAUCUGUUGGGGUGGACUAUUCUAAGACCAUGUAUGGCGGAAGCCUCAAAGGUAUGAGGUUUGGACUGUUACAAGGCUUCUUUAACAGGACUGCAAGCAACGAGACCACACCAGUAAAUCAGGUUAUGGACAACAUGAUAUCUGUUCUCGAAGCAGCUGGAGCUACUGUAGUUUCGGUCAACGAGACAGUCUACAACGCGACUGCUAUCGCCACACUUGAUGUACAAACAUCAGAGUAUCGGCAAGAAUUGGACUCCUAUCUAGAGAUGUACGGUUCUCAGGGCUUGACUUUCAACGAGCUUUACAGUAGCUCCAAAUUCUUGGUCAUACCGAGCCAGUACAGCUAUGUCAAUACCGCUCUAAAGUCGUCCACCAGUAAUUCAUCCUAUCCGCCAACUAAGCUCGGGAUACAGAAUCUUACAACCAUUCUGAGCUCGACAUUCUCAUCCUACUCGCUGGAUGCUAUCAUCUAUCCUGAACAGAAGAAUCUUGUUGUCAAGAUUGGAUCUCCCUCUCAAUCAGGUCGCAACGGAAUCCUCGCCGCUCUGACAGGGUCUCCUGUGGUGACUGUGCCGGCAGGCUUCUCUCCGUCGACAGAGGAUGCACCCAUUGGGGUUCCGAUUGGGAUGGAGAUCCUCGGAAAGCCCUGGACUGAGAGCAAGUUGCUCAAUAUAGCUGCACACAUAUCAGAUCUUACCCACAUCAGACGUAUGCCGCAAUUUGCAAAUGGAUCUGUGGAAGUGUCUUCAUACGAAGCAAUUCCAACAAUUACCCCAAAUAAAUCCAACAUUCCAGCUGCAUAUCCUGUUGGUACAUUGUAA